AUGUUCAUAGAGUGGGAUGAGCUCCAAGUGAGCCUAGACAUUUGGCACUUCAUGCGGCGCUUUGCAGCAGGUGUCAUCACAGAGGCUCAUCAGCUCUACGGCACCUUCAUGGCUCGGCUUUCCAGGUGCAUCUUUGAGCUGGAUCCUGAUGAUGUCACUGCUCUACGGUUGGCCAAACAGGGGGAGUUACAGGCCAGAGGAGCUGGUCCAGUCUCAGAGAAGGCUCUGGAUAAGCUGAUUACCAGGAAGGAGUUGGCACUGCACUGUCGGAAGCGGACCAGAGGAGUGGAGGAGACCACCUGGAGGAUCAAGGCGCUCAUUGAUGAGAUGGACAGUGAGAAGGGGAGGGACACUCUGGGUGUACCAUUGCUGGACCACAAGCGAAUCCAACAGGUCUGGAUAGACCAGCAGAGGCACAUCGCCUGUAUUCAGGACCCAGAGGGCUUCCCUCUGUACCAGAAGACAGACACACUGAAGAAGGGUGGUGUGGAGCUCAGCUGCUAUCGCUGUGCUCGUGGCUCCACCUCCUUGGAGUCUUUCCACCUCCAUUUAAAUCGCUUCAUCCCAGGGACCAGUGCCAGUGAUGCGCAUUUCCAGGCCUAUCUCCUGGAAGGCCUGAUGCGCUGGAACCAGGACCGGAUGGAUGAAGCAGUGAGGGGAAAGACUGCCCUGAGGAUCUACAGUAGCAUUGAGAGGGAGGCAAUGGACCGGCUCAGCCGCAAAGUGCUGAAGGUGUCCCUGGAUGACCGCUACCAGCCUCCAGGGGCUUACACAGGGGAGCUGCUGGGUAUGGAGUAUCUGUACAGUCAGUCUGGGAAAUCCCUGACUGUUAUGGAUAACCCAGAAGAGGAGGAUCGGCUGGUGGAGCAGAUGACUGAUGAGGUGGUGCAGGACGAAGGCUUUGUUGAGGAGGAACCUGAGGACCUCACAGUGCCAGUCCUCUAUGACCCCAUUGAGCCUGUCCUAGUCCACAGCAGCAGCCCCCAGGCCUUCAACCCCUGUCCCUCUGCACCAGGACCAUCCUCACUACAGCCACCCACAGGACUGCAGCACCCUGCCCAGCCUCCUCUGCAGUCGCCUACUCUGCGCCCAGCCCACCCUCUUCUGCAGUCUCCUCCACAGCCUUAUGUCCAGCCAAGUGCUGCCUCUGCUCCUGCAACAUCAACUGGGUCCAGUGUUGCAGACCAGGCUCCUGCUUCUGUUCUUGGACCCGAUGGCGUUGCAGGCUGGGAUAAGGUGCAGGAUCUGGCUGAGUACCUGGUGUCCCUCCGUCAGGCACUCUACCUGGACGAGCAGCAGGUCACAGAGGUCAUCCGUCUGUGGACUGCUCUUCAUGAUGGGGACAAGAGGAAGAUUCACUGUCAGCCCAGACACCAGCCCAAACUGACCCGCGGACGCUUCAAGGCUCCGAAAAACACAGGAGUGACACCGGGUGUGGACAGUGUGAAGAGGUGCCUGAUUGGUCAUCUUGGGGGGCCGGCUUAG